AUGAUGCCCACACCUGUUAUCCUGCUGAAGGAAGGCACAGAUACUUCUCAAGGUAUCCCACAGCUUAUUAGUAACAUCAGUGCCUGCCAAGUUAUUGCAGAAGCUGUCCGGACCACGCUUGGCCCCUGGGGCAUGGACAAACUCGUUGUUGAUGACAGAGGCAAAGCCACGAUUGCUAAUGACGGCACCACCAUCCUAAAGCUUCUUGAUGUGGUCCACCCUGCUGCUAAGACUCUCGUAGACAUCGCCAAAUCCCAGACUGCAGAGAUUAGGGAUGGCACCACUUAUGCUACCCUCCUCGUGGCAGAAUUCCUAAAGCAAAUCAAGCCCUAUGUGGAAGAAGGCCUGCACCCUCCUGGUUGUCAUCCUGGUUGUCUAAUGCCCUCCCCAGAAUAG